AUGAACUCUAACGAUGAACUUUCCGCAUUUACAUAUAUAAAUAGCAUCCAAUUGGUUCAAAUUGAAAACGAAAAAAUUUGUCGUGAUCGUGGAACGCUCGUCUCAAGAAUCGAUUUAUCAGGUUUAUGUGUGUCAUCAAACACAACGACAAAAUCAAUUGCCACGAUGAGACAACAUACAGAACAGAGAACGCCAUCGUCGCGAAUUCGCAACAGUAAUGCUCUCAUAAUUGACUCGCAAGGCAACAGUAUUCCACUUAGCCCAGUUAGCAGCAACACAUCUUCAGGCAGCGAUAACGUGGAACAACACAAGCCAGUUCCAAUGACACCAUCUGUAAAUAAAAACAGACCUACAUAG